ACUUUUGAUUUUGGCUGGAUUUUAUAUUUCUAGGAAAUUUUAUAUUUUUUCAAAUCAACAUUGUGCAUUUAAAAAAAUAAUGAAGGAGCAUUAACUUUUAAAUACGAUUGUCGACACCGGUUAUCAAUCAUGCUGACCGAUCUCACGGACGAUUUCUUCUUUGAUGAGGAUAAAUUUUAAUAAAAAGCACCGGUUUUAAACCUGUUUGUCUCGAUAAGCAAAUAAUCUGAGCGCCGCGGCGAUAAAUUUUAAAAAGUACCGGUUUUAAAUCUGUUUGCUCGUGAGUUUGUCUUGUCGACAAGCAAAUAACCUCGGCGCCGCCGCCACGUCGCCACGUUUGUCGAUGUCUUAUCAUUACCCACACGCCAGUCUAGUUCAAGCGUUGCAUCGUCACGCGUAUUAUUAUGAACCUCUAAGCCGAUCAGAAGAAGACGAUAAUAUGUUGUAUUACGGGGAGGACCAGAUGGGUCUCAAGAUAACCACAGGAUCCGUCACGAUCCACAAAGAUGAUAAGACCAACAUGAUUGGAAUUAGUAUCGGAGGAGGCGCCCCGAACUGUCCGUGUCUCUAUAUUGUCCAGAUUUUCGACAAUACGCCCGCCGCAAAGGAUUCCACGCUCCAAAGUGGGGAUGAAAUCACGGCAGUGAAUAAUCAAAGUGUCAAGGGCAAGACGAAGGUCGAAGUGGCCAAGUUAAUCCAGGCGGUCAAGGGCGACGUCACUAUCGGGUACAACAAACUGCACGCGGAAGCCUCUCAAGGAAAAAGUUUGGACAUCAUUCUAAAAAAAGUGAAGCAUCGUCUCGUCGAAAAUCUGAGUUCUUCCACCGCCGACGCGCUCGGCCUGUCUCGCGCCAUCCUCUGCAACGACUCCCUCGUCAAAAAGUUGGCCGAGUUGGAGAAGACGGAGACCAUGUAUCGCGGGAUGGUUCACCACCUGACGCGCCUCCUCCGAGCGUACCUCGACCUACUCCGCGUCGUUAAAAUGUUUGCGGAAUGUUUCGCCCAAAUUGGAGUUAGGGAACCACAGCCACGAGCUUCACUGGCCUUUACACAGUUUGCGGAUUUCCACAGGAACAUCGAGAAGAAGGGGUUGGACAUGGUGAAACAGUUAAAACCGGUUCUUGGCGACUUGGGAACAUAUCUUUUUAAAGCGGUGCCCGACACCAAGUUGACGAUAGGAAAGUAUGCCGACACGAAAUUUGAGUAUCUCUCCUUCUGCUUGAAAGUUAAGGAGUUGGACGAUGAGGAAUUUAACUAUGCGUCCGUGCAAGAACCAUUAUAUCGGGUGGAAACGGGAAACUACGAGUACAGGUUGAUUCUCCGCUGUAGACAAGAAGCAAGAAUGAAAUUCGCCCAGUUACGGUCGGACGUGCAAGUCAAAAUGGAACUGUUGGAUAACAAACAUGUCCAAGAUGUGGCGACUCAGUUGCAGAAAUUUUCUAAGGGGCUGGCCGAAUUUUACGACAAUAUACACCAACUCACUCAAGAAAACGAGGGCCUUUUUCCCGUCGAAGUGGAUCUAACGGACAACGCGUUCAUUUACGAGCACAGUUUCGAAACCCUUCCACCCGAUGAGGAUAACCCCGACGAGGACGGUGGAACUACUUCCGGUGGCGGUGGUGAUAACAAUGCGGGUGGUGCUGACAUCGAGUAUGGAACUGAUGAAGACCUUCUCGUCUGUCGUAAUCUAUUAGAUGAUGAAUAAUUAAUUACUACAACAGGAAUCUCCACUCAUUCCAUGAUGAUAAUCAUAUAAUUCCAAUCAUAUAAAUAAUUUCCAAGUAAUUAAUUGAUCAUAAUUAAUUUUAGUUAAACUGAAACAGAUCUGACCUCACAUUCUUUAGUCUUUUGUACGACACGCUUUUUGCCUCUCUAGUCCAUUAAAAAAUGCAAUGUCUAGUCUCUGAAUCGGUUAUCAACAUUAAUCUCUGCAUGAUGAUCAUUAAUAAUUUCAGUCAUAUUUAAUGUAAUUAUCAGGUAAUUAAUUAGUUAUAAUUAAUCAAUUAAGUUUAAUUUGUUCUACUGUAAACUGAACCAUAAGUCUAGAACACGAUGAUCAAAAUUCCAAUCGUAUUUAAUUAUCAGUCAAUUAAUUAAGUGUUUAGUUGGUUUGACUGUAAACUGAACUAGAACUCGUACUUCCAAUAAUGUUUAAUUAUCAAUUAAUUAAUUAUAAUUAAUUAAGUUUAGUUUAUUUUAGAUCCUGUAAACCGAAUCACAUCAGACAUCAAAUUCUUUUCUAUAUACAUACAACACGCUUUUUGUCUUUCUAGUCCAUGAAAUUGAAUCGAUAACCAAAAUUAUCUAAUUCUAGUCCACGUGCUUAUCAAGAAAAUUUACUGCAUAAAUUUUUAUGUAUUAUCCAUUUUUCGACCAUGAAUGAAUUAAAUAUUGUACAAUAUUUUCCAAUUUUAUGAAAUAAAUCUGCUCUUAAAUUCCUA